AAGGGAGUGGCUGUGGUAAUAGGCAAAGCAAGAAAGAAUGUACGGAGUAUUUGUUUGAUGGAGAAGGUGUGGUUUGUAGUAACAGAAGAAACUUCAGCGCACACACAAAGCCACAAACAUCAGUGCCGAUUUCACCUCAGUAUCGCCGGCCAGCCACCGACCACCACCGCCGACUAGCCAUAGACUCAUCACAACAACGGCGACGCCGACCAGUGCGAGGAGAAGUUCCGGAGACUCGCCGCCCUACACCUAUUGCGUCGCCGCUCACGGAGAAGUUCCGGAGUUCAGCCGUUCAACCUUAGGCAUCCCUGGAUCCGCCACUGGGAGAAAGUAAUUGCAAAUUGGCAAUGAGAUAAUGCUGAAAAUGGAUAUUCUAAUUAUAAAGCCAAGACGCAGCAACUUCUUAUCAAACCCCUUCAAUUUUUCUAAGUCUUUCACGACUUGCUGCUCCAGGAAGAACUCCCAACAACCCCAGCCAAACGCUGAUGAUGAUGAUGCCAAAGACAAUAAAUCCGGUGACAAAUCCUCUACUGACUGGGACAAAGCAUGGUCAAGCUUCAAGAAGCAAGGAAAGAAGAGCCUCUCAUCACAGUUUUCUCCAAAUAAGUACGUGACUUGGAAUCCGAGGCGUUCAAACUACCCUCUGUCCGAAGAGGUUGAUCCGAUCAAGAGAACUGAGAGAUCGAACCUCAUGUUGUGGACAAGCCCCAGGUUUACUCUUGGCCUAGCCAUUGUGAUAGUGUCAUUGUUGUUGCUUUACACCAUUCUUGCUCCAAUGAAGUGAUGAUAAAUUUAGAAUUAGGUUCAAGCCACUACAAAUAUAUAUAUUUUAUUUCGUUCAAAAUGCUGAUCAAAAGCAUUUUAUGUGUAUUCUUUUUCGUUUCCCCUUGGUUCAGUGUAUAUAUCUCUACUAUAUUAUGAGAAGAUACAAAACAUGACAUUGAGGUGAAGGUUGUUUCCUAGGCUUCCUACUGAAUAUAUUGAAAUUUGACCUUCA